AUGGAUAACUCGUCGACGAGUACGACGAACAUCCAUACCAUCGUCAAGGCCCAGAUAGUUUUCUUAUUGUCGACUUUAACGGAGGAUAACUAUGAACGGAAUCAACUGGAAAUUCGAUCACUUUCGGAGCAACAUGGCAUAGAUACGUAUCUUCAUUUCAUCAGGCGCUUGAUUGCCCAUUCGCACUCGCGUCUGUCGUCCAACAAUAAUUCUACGGCUUUCGACACUUCAAAUUCACUGACAUUCCGUCUGCUUGUUCAAGAAACUCAAAGACUCGCACGAGACCCAUAUCUUGCUGAGCGGUUUCGCGACGGAAUUGACAAAGGCGAAGGAGAGGUCUUCAGGAGUUUCGACUUCGUUCGAUUUGUUGAUCGUGUGGGACUACGUCCUCUUGAACGAUUAGUCCUUGCGGCUCCGAUUGUUUCUUCCCCGACCAGGAAGGAAUUCGGAGCGCAAGCACAGGUAGUCAUCAAACAGGAAUUUGAAAAUGCAGUCCUCAGUCUUUGCCAUAAUCCUUCCUUUGACCUUGCGGAUUUAUCUCCAAACCAAGUCACCAAGCUCUUGGGGAAUCUUCUUUCCGAUCCCCCCGCAGAUUCUCCUGUCCUGGAUGCUUCUCAGCGACAGGCUCUCAUAGUAGCUGCUCAAACAAAGUACGGCAAAGAUACAGUUGCUCCCAUGUUACAACGGAUUCUGCCUAAUCUGAGUCUACCCUCCGGCACAACACUUGUUCAAGCCCUCAUGCAGCUUGGCCCCGACAUCACAGGUGACGCUGACGUCGUCCGUGCGCUCCUGGCGCGUUUUGGUGUUACAGAUGCUGCGUCACCGCAAGACGAACAGGUCAUCGACAUUAUGUCAAAUUUGAGUCGCAAAGCCACUGAAGGCGCGGUCCUCUGUGAUGUUGCAGCCUUGGUCCGAGCUUUGAACAGUUUUACUAACGCGAACAUUAAUUGGGCAGCCAUAAUCAAAUCCUUUGAUAUUCCCGACCGACACGGUGUUGACACGCCAACCCUCAAACUUCUCAUUGCCAUCCUCCUGAACUGCUCUCGUGACACCAAUCCUCACGCCGUGACUGGAUUCUGGUCUAUCUGGUCCAAUGCCCUUUACCAACUCCGUCUCCUUGAUGCCUUGCUUUCCCUUCCCGGCGACACAUUCAACUUUGUUCACCUACCUGGCCGCCGAAUUGUGACAGUUGAAGAUGUUGCUGUUGCUAGUCCUACAAUCAAAUCCCUUGCCGCCAACGUUCAAGGUCACACUUGGAAUUCGCUCGAUCUUUUUGAGGUGUUGGUGAAGUUGGCAGAUUCAGAAUCAACUGAGAUUCGAAAUUUUGUCCGCGAGAUGUUGGACAAAGCUAUCAAAAUCAGCGCUGAGCUUGUGCAUAUGGGUCUGUUACAAGUCCCGGAUGCCCCUUGGAAUGAGAUUCGCCUUGAGUACUCUCGCAAAUUACUCGCCAUGUUCCUCGCUGGACAUCCAAACCAUCAACUUGUUUUUAUGCGAAUAUGGCAAAUACAACCGACGUAUUUGACGGAUGCCUUUCGAGACUUCUAUCAAGAGAACCCCCUCAAUAUUACCCGCAUCCUAGACGUGGCACAGGAUCUCAAAAUCCUCGAGGCGCUUUUGGAAGUUCGCCCUUUUGGUUUCGCACUGGACGUUGCCGCUCUGGCGUCGCGAAGGGAGUAUUUGAACUUGGACAAAUGGUUGAUGGACAACGUUAGCAACCACGGCGCCGAGUUCUUGCAUUCAGUAUUGAUGUUCUUGGAGGAGAAGAUGCAGAGUGAGAAAACGAUUCGGCUCGCGGAUCCUCAGCCCGAAUCAAGAACUAUGCCUCUGAAUCCAAACACCAUCACUAUUAUUCUGAGGAUGUUACGGAAUAGUCAAAGUCAGAUGGCCGAUGAUGAUAAACAUUUCUGGUUGGAAGUCAAAAAUCACUGUCUUCAAGUCCAUCCUCGGCUCAUGAGCAUGAUGCCCAACUCGGAGAUUGAGCCGGGAUAUUCCGUUAUCAACUACUCCACUGAAACCGAGACUGAGGUGGACGGAAUUUACAAGCAAAUGUACGACGAAAACACCACUAUCGACGAGGUCAUCGAUAUGCUCCGGCGAUACAAAAAUUCCAAUAACCCCCGUGAACACGAGGUCUUUUCCUGCAUGCUCCAUUUCCUGUUUGACGAGUACAAAUUCUUCCAAUCAUAUUAUCCUGCGCGCGAGCUUGCCAUGACAGGCUAUCUUUUUGGAAGCCUAAUCCAACAUCAGCUCAUCGACUACAUACCUCUUGGAAUUGCCAUUCGAUAUAUCGUGGAUGCUCUCAAUUGCCCUCCUGAGACUAAUCUUUUCAAAUUUGGGAUUCAGGCGCUCACUCGAUUUGAAAGUCGAUUGCAUGAGUGGAGACCACUUUGUGAAACGUUGGUGCAGAACUCGAAUUUGGCCGAAGCAAAACCGGACUUGGUUUCAACCCUACAAAAGGAUCUCGCCGCGACUGCAGAUGGGAUUACCGGAGAUGUUCAGGUGCCUUCAGUCGAAAUCACUCCCGUGUUCUCUGCCAUUCAGCCAGAUGUGAUUCAUGAGGUCGUUACAUUGCCAGCGGAGGAGAUUCACGAUAAAAUCCUCUUUAUUAUCAACAAUCUCGCUCCCAGUAAUUUUAACACCAAGCUAGAGGAAAUGCAAGGGUUAUUCAAGGACGAAUACUCCAGAUGGUUUGCCAACUAUCUUGUCGAUCAGAGAAUUAGUACGGAGCCCAACAAUCAUUCCCUUUAUCUUCGCUUUCUGGAUUCCCUCAACAGAGAAAAGCUGUCGAAAUUCAUCCUCCACGAGUCCUUUGUCAAGUCUGCUAGCAUGCUCAACUCAGAGCGAGCUCUUCAAUUUGGUACAGAGAGAACAAACUUAAAGAAUGUCGCGAUUUGGUUGGGCCUUAUCACGCUAGCAAGGGACAUCCCAAUCAAGCACAAAAAUAUUUCUUUCAAGGACUUGCUCAUUGAAGGCUAUGAAUCUGGCCGAAGUAUCAUUUCCAUCCCCUUCGUUUGCAAAGUGCUUGAAGGUUGUGCGCACUCCAAGGUGUUUAAACCCCCUAACCCAUGGCUCAUGGGAGUAAUGAGCCUACUCGCUGAAAUUUAUUUCUUCGCGGACGUCAAGUUGAAGUACAAGUUCGAGAUUGAGGUGCUGUGCACUUUACUUGACAUCAACUUAGAUGCCAUUGAACCUUCCACUAUUCUCCGUACCCGACCCGAAUCACUUGUAGGACCUCUUCUUCCCGAGUAUGUCACAGAUAUCGAUUCCCUGCCUAUCGGUCUGUACGAUCCUACUGGGACAGGUGCUAAUAGUGUCGGCCUGGGUGCGGAAGGAGGCUUGGUGGGUGCUGGAGAUGGACAAAAUAUGUUGUCUUUGGGCUCAUCGAGCCCCUCGGAUCCUUCAAGGGCUUUAGACCCCCACAUCGAAAGUAUAUUAUCCACUUUGGCGAAUAUUGCGCACGUCAACUCUCAGCUAAGUCCUUUAAACACUCAAUCCGCCUUUAAACGAGCGGUUGCCCUCGCUGUUGAGCGUGCAGUGCGAGAGAUCAUAUUACCUGUGGUGGAGAGGUCUGUCACAAUCGCCGGUAUAUCAACUAGAGAACUUGUUGCAAAAGAUUUCGCCACCGAGAGCAAUGAAGAGAAGAUGCGCAAGGCUGGUCAUCUCAUGGCACAAAAACUCGCAGGAAGUUUGGCCCUUGUGACCUGCAAGGAACCUCUCAAGAGCAAUCUUGCCCUGCAUAUCCGUCAAUUUCUCGCGGAAAAUUCGUUCGCAGAUAUUGCCCAAAACGAUGCAGUUAUAUCGAUUCUCGUGUCAGACAACCUCGAUUUUGCUUGUGCAGCUAUUGAAAAGGCUGCGAUGGAACGCGCCGUGGCCGACGUAGACGAGGGUUUUGCUACUGCAUACGAUCUGCGCCGACGACACCGUGAGAACAUAAUAGGACCUGCUCAAUUCAACAUUUCACUCCCCAACCCUUUGCGCAUCGGCACGAACGGAGUGCAGGCUAACCAAACAAGUGUUUACGAAGACUUCGGCAUAGAUGCGAAAAAGCGAAUAAGCAGUAGACCCAGCUCGACAAUGUCGUUCUCUUCGCCAGCUGUAUAUCCUCUCACACCUGCUGCUGAUUCAGUUCUUGGUUCCGUUCCCAGUCAUCAGGAUGCCAUGGAUCGUUUCAAUGUCAUGACACGAGAUUUGGAAGCACUCUUUGCUCAACUGCCGGUUAAUUCUCUUGCAGUCCUCCCUCCAAACCAUGACGUUCGAUACCUCAUUCGCAACAUCCUUAAUGCUGCUAACCUGGGAGAGCGUCAACGUACUCCGCUGCAGAUGUCGCAGAAGAUAGUCCAGCUUUUGUACAAAACAUCUUCAUCUUUGGGCAGAGAGGUCUAUGUCGCUCUGUUACAGCAGUUGUGUAACGCGUUUGAAGAUGUAGCGAAAGAGGCAAUCACAUGGCUCUUAUAUGCUGAGGACGAACGCAAAUUUAACAUUCCUGUCACCGUGACCCUCCUACGAAGCAGCUUGCUGGAUGUUGGCGCAUUGGAUCAGGCCCUCGCGAAGACCAUGUACAUGGGCUCAAUGGGUCCACGCCCUAGCUUUCUGAACUUUAUCUCUGGUUUGAUACGAGAGUGCCUGUCCAGUGACCCUCCCGUGGCUUCGCAAGCCCAAUUUAAAUACUGUAUCGAGAUGCUCACAAAUACGACACAGGAAGGGAAUGCCACUGAUCAGGUAUCUAAACUUUUGGAUGAUUUACGAGGCGUCAGACGUCCACCAAUGGCAGCACUUCCUGACUCACGUCAGCCUUCUACAAAACCUGGGAUCGAAAAUAUGAGGGAAAAGCUUCUAGGCUGGUUUCAGCAAUGGAUCAAUAUCUAUCAACGAUCGCAUUCUCCUGAGAAGAAUUUUGUCCCCUUCAUUACUCAACUCACCAAAGCUGGUAUCGUGAAAGAAGACGAUACCUCUUCCCUUUUCUUCCGGGUAUGUGCUGAAGCCAGCGUCAACAGCUAUCUAAAAUCAGUAGCGGCGGGGGAAUACGAUUAUGCCUUCCAGGCAUUGGAUGCGAUGUCCCGUUUGAUUGUUUACAUGAUCAAAUAUCAUGGGGAUCCUUCAGGUGGUAAUGUCGAUCAGGCCAAAGUACACUACCUAUCGAAGAUCCUCUCCAUAUUUGUCCUAGUCGUGGCCAAUUUCCACGAGGAACAGGGUGUCGCAUUCCAACAAAAACCAUUCUUCAGGUUUUUCUCGAGCCUAAUUAAUGACCUACAUUCUAUGGAGGUCCAUUUGGGAACGGCGUACUUCCAAUUGCUUUUCUGCAUCAGUGAUACUUUCAUAUCUUUGCAACCAACUAAUUUCCCCGGGUUCGCAUUUUCUUGGAUGUGUCUCAUAUCUCAUCGUUUGUUCAUGCCGAAGUUACUUCUAUCCGAGAAUCGCGAGGGUUGGUCAGCAUUCCACAAAUUGCUGGGCUCCCUGUUCAAAUUUUUGGCUCCAUUCCUAAAAGAAGCGGAUCUUCAGGUUGGUGCCAGAGAUCUUUACCGAGGGGCCCUACGACUCCUUCUGGUCUUACUACACGAUUUCCCUGAAUUCUUGAGUGAAUAUUACUUUACUCUUUGCGACGUAAUCCCCCCUCGAUGUAUCCAACUUCGAAACAUCAUACUCAGCGCAUUUCCCCCUACCAUUAUCUUACCUGACCCUCAUCUUCGCAACGUUUCGCUUGAUUCUAUUCCGGAGAUGGGCCCAAUACCACCCAUCCUCUCAGAUUUUACCUCCGCUCUCAAAAACACUGACCUUCGGGGUCACCUCGAUCAGUUCCUCCUGAACCGUGGCUCGCCUUCUUUCCUCCUGACAUUGAAGGAUAAGUUCCGCUAUCCUGGAAUGACAGACGCAAUGCCCGACUCAUACAAUCUUUCUCUCUUGAAUACUGUUGUGAUGUACAUCGGUGUUUCCUCAGUUGCUCAAGCAAAAGCACGAAGUGGUACUUCCGUAUUCAUACCCACGGACCCAGGAGUUGUUUCCCUCCAAUACUUGGCGAUGAACAUGGACGUUGAAGGACAACAUCAUCUCCUUAGUGCGAUCGUACUUCACUUGCGAUAUCCAAAUGCGCAUACCCAUUGGUUCAGCGCCCUCCUUUUGCAUCUGUUCUUAGAAGUGAAAGAUGAUAAAUUCCGAGAGGUGAUGACCAAGGUCCUACUCGAACGCUUCAUCGUUCACAGACCACAUCCCUGGGGAGCUCUCAAUACUUUCAUUGAGCUACUCAGGAAUCCCAAAUACGAAUUUUGGAACAAGGACUUUGUCCGGAUUGCACCUGAAGUCUCAUUGCUUCUCGAAAGUGUUGCAACCUCGAUAUUCCAAACACAGUAG